AUGGCUCGAAGCAGCAGCGAGGAUAGAGCCAAGAAUGAUUCGGCCACGAGCACUAGCACGAGUCCUGAAGAGAUAGGCGUAGUGGAUGAGACCGAAUAUGCUCAUGGCAUGAAGCUUUUCCUGAUCCUGGCUUCUCUACUCGUGACCUUUUUCACGGUUCUCCUCGACACGAGCAUUAUAGCAACAGCAAUCCCCAAAAUCACAGAUGACUUCCACGAGCUCGGAGAUGUUUCUUGGUACGGUGCGGCUUUCAUGAUGACUAUGGGCGGCACGCAAUCGGCUUGGGGCAAAGUGUACAAGUACUUUCCGCCCAAGGUUGGGUUUCUUGUAGCCGUCUUCGUGUUCGAGUCCGCGAGCGCCGUAUGCGGCGCUGCUCCGAACUCGACGGCACUCAUUAUCGGCCGCGCUCUGGCGGGAGUCGGCGCGGCUGGCAUUGCGAGCGGCACGUUUACUGUCAUCGCCCUCGUUGUCGAGCCAAAGCAUCUUGCCACCUUCACUGGCAUCACAGCCAUAACAAAUGGAGUGUCUUCGGCCAUUGGGCCUCUUAUCGGUGGUGCUCUUGCCGAUAAAGUGACCUGGAGGUGGUGUUUCUAUAUCAAUCUUCCCAUUGGCGCUCUUGCAGUGCCCUUCAUCAUCCUGUUUCUUCGCAUCCCCCCGCGCAAAGGGGAUCCUUCUGAGACAGGCUUGCGGCAGAAGAUGAUGCAGGUCGACCCCGUCGGUGUCGUGUUGGUCAUGGGCGGCAUCGUUUCUUUCAUCCAGGCACUGCACUUCGGUGGUUCGUCAAAGUCGUGGUCAUCGAGCACCGUCAUCGGCCUACUGGUAGGUUCUGUCGCUAUCGGUGCCGCCUUUGCCGCCUGGGAGUGGCAUCAAGGCGAGCGCGCUGCAAUUCCGCCGAGGCUGAUGGCCGACCGCAAUGUAUUGGUCAACUCGCUCUAUACGGCCCUCUUCGCGGGCUCAUACUUCACAGUCAUCUACUACCUGCCCAUCUACUUCCAGAGCAUUGAUGAUGUCAGUGCCACCAUGUCGGGCGUCCGCAACCUGCCGUUGAUCAUCUCCGUGUCUGUCACGAUACUCGUUUCGAGCGCUUUUGUCUCCAAGACGGGGCCCAAGCCCUUACUGCUAGCCGGUGCAGGUCUAGCCACUGUCGGUUGUGGGUUAUUAUAUACUCUUGGAAUCGGUUCUUCCGCUGGAAAGUGGAUCGGCUACCAGUUCAUCGCCGGUAUUGGAUGGGGUCUCUCGUUUCAGCUUCCCAUAAUCGUUGUGCAGGGCAAGGUAGCACCAAAUGAUAUCGGACCAGCGACAGCCAUCAUACUAUGUAAGCUCCAAUCCCCGUCUUCCCAAGCCAUGGACACCGGCUUACUCUUCAUUUUCCGGCCAGUUUUCCAAACCGUCGGUGCUGCUUUCUUUCUGGCAGCUGCGCAAUGCGCAUUCCUCAACCAGGUCCUCAUCAAACUUCGCACCAGUGCCCCAGGUGUCAACCCGGCGACUCUUGUUGCAACUGGAUCGGCUCAAUUGCGCUCCAUCUUCACUACAGACGAGAUGCCCGGCAUCCUGGCUGCUUAUAUGGCCGGCCUCAACGCCGCGUUUGCAUUGUCUGCCGGAGCAGCGGGGCUAGCUUUCGUCGUGGCUGUGUUUAGUAGCCAUAAACCUCUCUCUGCACACACCCCACCUGAUGUCAGGACCGAUGGAGGGAAGAAAAGUCCUCCGGUUGAGGAACAAGCGACAGCAUCCCUUGAGUCCGGAGUUGCGGGAAUAAUUGAUGAGUCGCAAAGCAAAGAGUAA